GCACCUGCACUGUUCCAGACCUGGAAAAGCCCGUCAUUUUCCCACCACGGCCUUUUCCAGAGCCUCAGCUGGCCCAUCAGUAUCCGCGAGGGUGUUUUGCUCUCUCCCACCACCACCCUGUCGUCCGAGUGGGUAUCAGCGCCCUCUCCGGGGGGCGCUAGCGAGGAGCUGAGCGAGGGAUUGGAUAAGACUCUGGAGAACGAUGCGGAGGGCGUGUGGAGUCCAGAUAUCGAGCAGAGCUUUCAGGAGGCGCUGGCCAUCUAUCCGCCCUGCGGCCGACGCAAGAUCAUUCUCUCUGAUGAGGGCAAGAUGUACGGACGGAAUGAGCUGAUUGCGCGAUACAUCAAGCUUCGAACUGGAAAGACGCGGACCAGGAAACAGGUCUCCAGUCACAUUCAGGUGCUGGCACGAAGGAAAGCUCGGGAAAUUCAGGUGAAACUCAAGGACCACACAGCCAAAGACAAAGCCAUGCAGAGUAUGUCCACCAUGUCUUCGGCUCAGAUCAUCUCGGCCUCGGUCUUUCAGAAUAAGAUGGCUCUACAGGGCCUCUCGCGACCGACCUACCCGACCGCUGCUGAGUUUUGGCAUGGAGCUCUCGCAGGACAAGCCGCAGGUCCUGAAGACAUCAAGCCUUUUUCUCAGCAGAACUUCGUCAUGCAGGCCACCGGUCCUCCGUCUAUAGCAGGUUAUGAAAGUGCUUCGGGUCUGUCGGUGUCCUGGCAGGGCCGAAGCAUCGCCAGCUCCAGACUGCGCAUGCUGGAGUUCUCCGCUUUCCUGGAGCAACCUCAGGAUCCAGAGACUGUCAACAAGCACCUGUUUGUACACAUCGGUCAGUCCAACCCCACGUACAGCGAUCCGUACCUCGAGGCCGUGGAUGUACGGCAGAUUUAUGACAAAUUCCCAGAGAAGAAAGGAGGGCUGAAGGAGCUGUUUGAGAAAGGACCAGCUAACGCUUUCUUCCUCGUAAAGUUCUGGGCAGAUCUGAGCAUCAACCUCCAGGACGACAGCAGCUUCUUCUACGGCGUAUCGAGUCAGUAUGAGAGCUUGGAAAACAUGAUCAUCACCUCCUCCACUAAAGUCUGCUCUUUUGAAAAACAUGUUGUAAAAAAUGUAGAGACGGAGUACGCGCGCUUUGAGAGCGGCAGAUACGUGUUCAGGAUCCAUCGAUCGCCGCUGUGUGAAUACAUGAUCAACUUCAUCCAUAAACUCAAACAUCUGCCAGAGAAAUACAUGAUGAACAGCGUACUUGAAAACUUCACCAUUCUGCAGGUGGUGAUCAACAGAGACACUCUAGAAACCCUGCUGUGCAUCGCAUACGUGUUUGAAGUGUCCACCAGCGAGCACGGAGCCCAGCAUCACAUCUACAGACUGGUCAAAGACUGAGACCGGCCGCUCCGGGGUCACGGAUCCACAGACGCCACAGCGCUCCCUCCUGGACGCAGCCCAAACUCCUGCUCUCCUCCUGCUCGGGUCACGCAGACACGCAGGUCAAGCGGCUCUCGAGGAGCACUGCUCAGAGGCACAAGCACAGAAUCUGAAUGUCGUGACAUUUGAAUUCAUUCUUUUGUAUAAUGAGAACUGUGAUAGCAGGACGAAAUGCAUGAGAAAGUUCUUCGUUUUUUUUCUUCAAUCUCAUUGUAGCCCCAUGUGUUUGUGUUAGUGUUUGUUAGUAUGGGAGUGAUGGUCACCUACUUGACGAAUGUUUUUUUUUUAUCGCCAAAGGUGGACAAACAGUGGCUUUCAAGCCAAAGGUGGACAAACGUGAACGCCAAACGACAGAAUGUGUUUUUUAUUUCAUAGAUUUGUUACAUUGUAUUUAUCAGCCAUGAUCUUAAAUGUGGAAAACCGAUCUGAGGAAGUCGGAAAACUCUGGGCUUUUCUCCACAACGAGGGUUUGUACAAAACAGACAUGUAACUGACAGCAGAAUCAGUCAGAAACUGAUAUUUGGAAUAAAGAGCGUGUGUUAUCCUUUAAAA